UGUCAGAUGCUUUGUGCUGGAAAGUAGUCCAGGAUGGAAACAACCAAUCAGAUUGGUCCUUUUCGGACCGGAAGCUGUGUUGUUUACAUUUUCUAAGAUGGCGGCGGGGAUGUAUUUGGAGCAUUAUUUGGACAGCAUAGAAAACUUGCCCUUCGAGUUGCAGAGAAACUUCAAUUUGAUGAGGGAUCUAGAUCAACGCACAGAGGAUCUUAAGGGACAGAUAGACUCUCUGGCUAAAGAGUACACCGCCAACGCCAGGACUCUUUCCUCUGAGCAAAAGCUGUCCAUAUUGAGGCAGAUUCAGCAGUCUUACAGUAAAUGCAAGGAGUUUGGAGAUGACAAGGUCCAGCUGGCCAUGCAGACCUAUGAGAUGGUCGACAAACACAUCAGACGUCUUGAUACAGACUUGGCUCGGUUCGAGGCUGACUUGAAGGAAAAACAGAUCGAGAGCACUGACUAUGAUUCCACCUCCAGUAAGGGGAAGAAAGCUGACUCCAGACAGAAGGAAAAGAAGACUGCUAAGACGAGGUCUAAAGUGAAAAGUUCAGACGAAGAUGGCAGUCCCAAGAGUGCACAGAAGAAAGUCAAGCUCCUUCAGCCAGGAGAAUUCAACAGCCCUACCACCAACUUUGGGAAUGUGCACCCAUCUGAUGUGCUGGACAUGCCAGUGGACCCCAACGAACCCACCUACUGUCUGUGCCAUCAGGUGUCUUACGGCGAGAUGAUCGGCUGUGACAACACUGAUUGCUCCAUUGAGUGGUUCCAUUUUGCAUGCGUGGGCCUGACAACCAAACCGAGAGGCAAAUGGUACUGUCCACGAUGCUCUCAAGACAGAAAGAGAAAAUAAAAUCACCUGGUUGUCCCUGGAACAAAACGUGGACUCUGAUCAGACAGAAAAUGAGAAGAAUAUUUCUUCAUUAGUUACUAGAUUUUUUUGUUUGUUUCUCAUCUUCCUUAACAUUUGGUGCUUUUUCUUUUGGUUUACGUAAUUUGCCUUGGUCUGAUGCAGUGUGCGUGUGAAGGAGCCAAGUGGUUACAAAAAGUAUUUAAAUAUUGAUUUUUCUUUUUUUUUAAACGGUUAACAAUGUUUUUGUUUGUUUUGUAUUUUUAGUUACCUUUGGUGCUCUUAUUGUGACAUCUUUUUAUUUUUUUAUUUUACAUUGUUUUUUACAUUUACUCAUUGUUUUAUGAGUGAAUAAUAAACACUACAACUGCCCCUACAUGGUUAAACAGUUCCAACUUGUCACAACACUUUAUACUGUAUUUACAUGUAAAACUGCAAAAUUUAGGUAUUUUCUCUGAAAACAGUUUGGCCAUGGAUGAAUCUUUUGCUUUGUUUGUAUAGUUAUAGUUUCUUGUGCUUAGCCUGGGGAACACUAGUUUUAUGUUUUUACGUAUAACGAGAGCAAAAAGAAUAUGAAGACAAAUGCUGCAUCCUUGACAGUAUCGGUCACCUGUGGUAGUGAGACAUCAUUUCAUUUUAACAUUUGAUUGAGUGCUGUAUAGAAAGUAAGACAUUUCGUGAAAAAAAAAAAAA